AUUGCGUAUCGACCGAUAGAUCGCAACGCCAUCACGUUCGUAUGGCUAAAUCCGAAAACUAAGCGCGCAAACCUGUUGACAACACUUGUCAUCGGUGUGAGCAUAUAAGUAAUAAGACAAACAUGUGAAUGGAAUUACUGUAGUUUUUGUUGUUGCGUUCUGUUGAUUAAAAACAAAGUGGACUUGCUGAUACGGAAUCAUUCACGACGUGCUAUUCAUUAUGAUUAAAAAGAAAAGAUGACGGAACAAGUCUUCGCCACUGCUGACAAACUGUCGAAAGUGAUAAAGAAUAUACAUACAUGUUUGCAGUGUAUGAUUUGUUUGCAUACUAUAUCUAAGCCUGUGAAAACCCUUUGCGGACAUCGAUUCUGCAACACUUGCAUCCAGACAGUGUUGCAGAACAAAAAUGCAUCCUGUCCGCUAUGCAAUUCUGCUCUCCAUCGACGUGCUAUUUCGACGGACGAGGACAUGAAAACGUACAUAGAUCGGCUGGAUCGAUUGAUCGAAGCCAUUAAAAUAGACUCUGGCAUUGAUAUAUCCUCUUACUUGGUGAAACCACGUAACACCAAAGAGAGUCACUCUCCAAUCACCGCCGAUUAUCAUUACGAAGAAAACGUUCAACCAAGUUGUUCCGGCAUGAAUCGAAUACCGAAAAGGCACGAGAAACCUCGCACAUAUUCUAAGAAGAAGGGAAAGAAUUUCGAAAAUAAUGAUAUCCUGAAGCUUCUGUCUACAUACAGCCUCUCUGGUGUCGAACCUCUAUCCGCUGAAACUACGAAUGAUGAUCAAAAUCUCCCUGAAAAGGAUGAGAAUUCCAAGGUGCACAGUUGGUUAAAUACAUUGCCAGAAACCGAAGCUUUUGACGAUCCUGAUAAAAUCACUCCCGAACAUCCCGCUGAGUGCAAUCUCGACGAUACCUUGGCUAUGUCUGUAUCACAGGGCUGCAAAGACAACAAACUGGAAGAUUACGAGGCUGAAGAACAGCAACAGCGUCAAACCCCUUUGAGGAGAUCCUUGUCGAACAACCAGGACAAGGAUAAUGAGGAAGAGAGGGGUCCUUCUAGGUCCUCCGAAACGAGGAAUCAUGGCUCCAAGGUGAAAUUGCCUGACGAACAGGCAAAUUCAAGGCCAAGUACAUCCGGAAUCACAAAAUCGAGCGAAGAAUGCAAAGAAAGAUCGACCGACGUUCAGAGGACGUCUCCCUGCGACAUGUUACCCUCGAUGAAGAGGAACUGGUCCUCGGUCGUUCAGUUUGGCAAAGAGAUGCGCACGAAGAAGAAGAAGAAGCUCAAGUCUUUGAACGUCAGCAAAUCGCGAUCACACGAAGAGACUACAGUAGAAGAAGGAGCGAGCAAAUUAAGAGAGCCGAAGGAUGCGAGAAGAGAAAAGGAAUCUAGAUUGCCUUCAGGCGUUUUCAAGGAUCACUUCAAAGAAAAGGAUCUUCCAAGACGGAAGAGCGUAGAGAAUCGUCAAGACCCUGAAGCAGCCACAAGUAUGGUCAGAAGUGUUAUAGAUCUUCGUAACCUGGAGAAGAGUCUGCCCAACGUCGAAGAAAGAAGAAAACGCGUAGAAGAAAGCAUCGAAAGAUCCAAUACGCCCGUCAACAUCACUAGAGUUACUACAGACCGAUCUGACCUUGAUAAAACUCUACCAAACGACGAAGAGAAAAACGCAGAACGUUUGGAAAAUUCUGCUGUAGAGGAGACCUCCUCUUUCAUCGUGUUGGAAGAAGGUGAACAGGUUCGUAUACGAAAUUUGGACAGUCAUCGGAUGAACGACAUCAUCGGCAUUGCGGCAGAUGACGUCGAGACUCGUCCCGACGCGACUGGCAAUAAAGACCAAAUGGAAAGCACGCUACCUCUGAAGAAGCGACGCAAUAUGUCUCACACGCCACCGUCCAAGUUGCCUAUCGAAGCAGCCCCCAAGAAAAUGACCACUGAUCGAUCGCUAUCGAACACCAUGAACGAGUCCACCUCUAAAUGUCAAUCUGUAACGAGUCGGACCUCGAAUCGUGGUAGAUUGUCCUUAAUCAAACAUAAUACCGAUCGCAGAUCCAACGAUUCUUCAGCUUCGGACGCCAAUCGCGAUCUGAACCGACAGAUUGAUGAAGGUCUCAGCAACGAUGCUUCCAAAAAAACUAUGGAAAACAACAGACAAGAGGAUAGGUCUCUGGUGUCGUUUAAAAAGUUAGGCAAGAUUUUCAAAUACUGUAAAAAGCGCACUAAAUUUUUAUAUCUCGGAUCAACUCGGCGCGAAUCGUUAUUAAGUUUCAAUGUAGAGAAUAAGUACAAGAAACCGUGUAACUUUGUAGAUUAUUUGAACACGCCGUGUUACCAGAAUAUCAAAUUAGAAAACACGUUUGGUAGUAGUAUAAAUGUUACUGUAAACGAUUCAAUGAUGGUAACAGAAGAUAAUAUUAAAGACCUAACUGUGCCAGAGGCAGAACCUCUAACGAAGACCAAGGAUGUAUCUGAAGAAGCUAACGCAAAACAAAGUAAUCCCAAAGAAACUGUCCCAGCUACCAAUAACGUUCAAAAACCUUGCUCCUUGGAUGUAGUGAUUGUCUCCAAUGACGAGAAUGAUGAACAGCCUCACUCAGGCGUUGUAUCACCCUCUCAGAACGCAAUGUCGAAAAGCACAGUGAAACUAAUGUCUCCCUCGAACGAUUCUCAGCUGAGGUACUUGUCCUUCGACUCACCCAGCAGCUUUGUUGAAAAAACCUCCAGGUGUGAUCGAAUCGAAGCUGUUAAAGUCACCGAUCACAAUAGGGAUAACUUGUUAGAGGUAAAAGGACAGCAUUCCAAAGCCCUGAUUCGCAAAGCAUUCGGCAGUUCCGACAAUGAUUCGCAUUGCGACUUAGCCGCCAAGAGGAAGAGAUCAAAGAAGAUGUCUACCGAUGAAGAAGGUAAUGGUUCUAAAUCUGAUUGCAGUUUCUCGUCAAAGACUACCUGUAUCAGGGGCUCGAAAAAGUUAACGACUCGCAGCAAGGACGGGAGUGUCCUGUCCAAAUCUAGUACUAAAUGUGCAGACGUUGUGUUACUCGACUCUGAUUCAGACACAUCAAAUUCUCAUUUAGAAAAGUACAAGAAGGUGUACAAAAGAAUAAUGUCACCAGCCCGCUCUGACACAGGUUCUUCUAAUCUUUCAGUAAAAAACAGGAAGGAUUCGACUGAUUCCCCUCCACCAAAGCGGAAGCGAACAGCAUCUCCGGAUUCCGACUACGAGGUCCAGUUAGAAUCCUUGGUAAACGGUUGGUGCGAGGACUUGAACAUCUCUGAGAAGAAGAAUAGCAAGUCGAAGGCAGCUCGUGCGAAGCCUGCUGAAGUAUACAAAGCUCUUUCAGCAUCCAACUCGGCGAAUAUAGCUAACAUUCAUUCCUCGCAGCCGAGACACCUGUCCGAGUUUGCCUCCAAAUUGGCUACCGAAGAAUGGGACAAAGUGGCCCAAGCGGACCAGGAUUCACCCGACUUCGGCGCGACCAUCGACAAGAUCCAGAAUAUUCGAAACAGCGCUGCAACUUCCGUAAAUGGAGAUGGUAAAAUGGCAGACGCGAGGGAAGUGACUACGGAUAAUUUUAAUGAGCUGAACUUUGAUACCAACGCGUUCGAUGAUUACUUGGAGGCGCAUGAGAUUAAAACAGCGUUUAAUCGUGACGAACCUGGUGCCGCCGGAAGUUCGAAUGCGCGUUCGUUGAACAAGAACGUCAUGCUGGCGCAUCGAUCUAGUAGUUCAGAUAAGGAGAAUAAAUGUAUAGGAAAAAGGAUGUUAUACGGAUGCGAUAGCGAUGAUGAUGUCACUUUGGUAAAGGAUAACAAGAGUAACGAUAAAGUGAAAGCAUUAGAAUCAUCUAGCGAGCAGCUGAAAAGGAUCAGCGGGACAGAUAAAUCAUUCAGGCGCAAUUCGACGACUUCUGAUCAUGAGAAACGUGCUGAUGGACAACAGGGAAAUGUGGAUGACGAUGAUUUGACGAUGAAAGAGGUGGAUUAUGAACUAGACUCACUCAUGAACGUCACGGAACAUGAUUUGUUGAUUAAACAAUUUGAAGAGGAUUUGUUUGGAAAACCUCUUUUUUCGAGCAAUUCGUCUAGAUUGAAGGGACAGGAGCAAAAGACGCCGCAGAAGAUGAAUAAUAGGAAUAAGGACACCGAACACUCGGCCGACGAAGACGACAUUGUCGAGAACACUCCUGACGCAAAGACAAAGAAUUCGAUCCGAGAAGGUUCAGUGAUAUCAUCGUCAACAAGAAGUACCAUACCAAGUACUCCGUGCAGCAGGAAAAGCAUCCAUCCUUUAUACCAAAGUACUCCAAAAGUUCAACAAUCAUCGUCAAGGAUCGAAUGCAACUCCGCGAUAAAGCCAGCACCGAUAAACAACGAGUCAUCGCUUAGACGUAUGAAGACUACAAUGGGAAUUAUGAACAAUUCGAAAACGCGAAAAUUAUGUUUCGUGUGGAGUAGUUUGAUACUUUCGCAAGUGGAACAGGUGAAAAAACUAGCGCGAAUGAUGAACGCUAAGUAUUUGACUCAGUUCGAAGAAGAGGUAACACACGUGAUCGUGAAGGUGAACGAAGGGAACAAUGGAGCGAGUAAAACCCUUAAGUAUCUUCAAGGUAUCGCGUACGGGAAGUGGAUCGUCAGCUACCAAUGGGUGAUUGAUUCCUUGAAGGAGAAGAAAUUAGUAAACGAAGAAAGUUACGAGGCGGUUGAUUGCCUUACUUUAGAGCCCGGACCGCGAAAUUCGCGAUUAAGGCAGAAGGGCCUGUUCGAAGGAUUCGCUUUCCUCUGUAAAGGACCCUACGCUGACGUUUCUGUUGAACAGUAUCAGGACUUGCUACGAGCCGCUGGUGCUACGGUACUAGACUCCUUGAAUGAUCUAACCGCGGAAAAGAGUAAGCUGAAGAUCAUCAUGAUACAGGCGGACAUUCACGACUACGAGACUAUCAUGAAAUGGUACCAAAAGGCAGGCGCUGUUCCUAUUGUUCAUGAAUGGGUGGUGCAGUGUAUCAGUCAAUACAAAUUGGUAUCAUUCUAUCCGUAUCUUCAAGAAUUAUCAACUGUGGAAGUUCUAGCACUUGGAUUUCCGGAUUUCCUAGUCGAAGGAGAACCUGACGAAGAUUCUGAUAGCACUUCUAACAUGUCGAUGUGAUAAAUUAUUAAUUGUCUUCCUAUUUAUUCAAGUUACCAUUCAAGUUCGCUGCAACAGCGACCCAUUUCUGAAAUCGAAUAUCGCAAAAACAGAGAGAAUUUUUGUUUCUGCAGAGAGAUUGCUUGUUUAUUUUACACGUGUUGGAGUCGAACCGUGAACGGUAAAACUGUACAUUGAAAUGUAACAGUGUUCUAUGUAGUUGAUUAAUGUGUACUGCAGUUGCUAGCGAUUUCAAAGGCAAUUUGAUUUUGUUUUUGGAAAUUUUGAUUCAAGUCAAAAGAGUUUCUCCCGUGAAGCUGGACUUCAAUUUUCAAUCGAAUUUUUAUUAGUUAUCGAGUUGUGAAAUACUCGUGUAAUUGUUUUUAUUUGUUUGCGAUAUACGAGUAAGUGAAAAUAGAAACAAAAAUUGUACAGUUCUUGAUACAUUAAGUUGCAUAAUUUUUAUUAUUGUUACUAACUUAAUAUUUACGUUUCGUGCCAUACUGUGAUCCAUAUAUCAAGAAAUAUAUUCUAUAUUAAAAAAUUGUGGCUACCAGUUUGAGCCACACCCUUUAUAUUUUAUUUCUAUAUCUGACUUGCCUAAAUCAGUGUGUAACGUCUAUCGUUACGCUCAAUGGCAACUUAGGCUUCUUUUGGUUAAGUAUGGAGAGAGAAGUCUCAUUCACCAUAUGCCUUUGAUCUUUGGAGAACUCUGGGAGAGCCUAGGCCCUAGGGAGAUCCUAACUUAGAACCUCUAGCCUGGGACUCGAAGAACGUGAACAAAUAAAACGAGUAAUGAAACACUUCUCCCCCUACAAUUUCUUUUAAGUAAAAGAAGUCUAAGCACGCAGCUAUACGUGUAAGAAGAGGAAAUUUUUCUAGAUGUCCGCCUAUCAUUUUAAUUAAAAUGAUAUAUGUUAAAUAGAGUGAAACAUACAUCUUGUAUGUUAUAUUUCUUCGCCAUAGUGAUUAAGGGUUGAAAUCAGAGGACACCUUGAAAGGUUGCCUUAUUAGAGGCGUGCAAUAUCAUCGUCUCAUUAUCAUUACCAUCAUCAUUAUCAUUAUGGGUGGGAUCACAGAGGCUGCGUGUUGCGAAGGGGCAUUCAGACCACUACUCACGUAUUCACCGAGAGACACGCGAACGAUAUUGAUUUGCCCGGGACCACCUGUAGCCAACAUUCCCGGCUCGCACACUACCACACACCGGUGGUUAUGAAUCUCGUUCCAAUUGCCACCAAGUGAGGAGAAAUAAUCACUGUGGUGUGUUCAAAGUGCCUUACACAUAUACCCAUAUGUAACUUUGACACUCACAAGAAAAUCAGAGAUGUUUCCGUUUUUUACAAAUACUAGCUCUAUUCUGGCGGUCAACCUAAAUUGGUGCUCUUUUAUAUAAAACACAAAAUAUUGUGACUUCGAAUUUCGUAUAUUGCUGUAUGUUGUUUGUCGUGUAAGGCGACAAAUGUCAUAUCAGACGAAACUUUAUGGUUGUCACAAGUGUGACAGCGAUCUCCCAUGAGAAAUUGUAUGCGUAUAAAAAAGAAGAAGCAAAUUUCUUCGCACAAGUUUAAUAUUUCUUUUUGUAAAAUGAAUCAGUAGAUUAUAAGAUGAUUCGGUUGUACGUUAAUCGAAUGGAUUAUAAUUAUUUUUGUACAUUUCUAAUGCGCUUAUUAAAUUUGCUAUAUGUUUAAUUAA